AUGUCCAUGACCGGAGAGUCCCCUAUCCAUGAGGAACCUGAAAGUAAGCUUGCUGAUGGGCUAUCAGCAGCGAAGAAUCCAGCGAGGAUUCAAAUUUACAAGUCUACUCCAACCAAAAGGGUUAGUCAGGGUUCAAGCUCAACGCCUUCGCCUACGAAACAGCAGUUGAAGGUCCGUUCCGAGGCAAACAAGCUGUUGCAAUUGUUACAAUACAAGAAGGUCCAAAAUGGUUUUAUGCUUGAUAUGAAGGACGCGUUUUCUGACCACUCCCUGGCAAGCCCGUCAACGAAAGAUACUCCUAAGAGCUCACCCAGUAAUCUGGAACGGCUCCCGUUAUCAAAGGCAGGCUCCAGUUUUCAUAAUAGAAUCUCAAAAAUGCUAAGCAAUCCGUCAUCCCCAUCUCUGCGAAGUACGGAAUCAGGGCAGAAUGCCAGAAGUAAGGAACGACCUCUUUCAGCUUCCCUCCAAAUCUCAACUGAAAAUUCUCCACGCACCGCUAGAAGUCCGUCGAGUGUAUCUGGGCACUUGUCCCCUGGCUCUCUUAACUUGCGUCCCUCCCAAUCGGCGGAACCAUCAGCAAAUAUCAAUGCUACAACACUUAGAGCAGAGCUUGUUGCCGAACCCAGUACUCCAACGCCCCAGCCCCGCGAAAGCAACAACUUUCAGGACUAUAAACCAAACUCAACACAGACAAAUGAGUCCUCGACAAACUUGGAAAUAGUUCGCGACGGACUAUCGGAUAUACGAGCGCAUCGGCAGGUUUUACAAUCUAAACUCACUUCAACGGGUUAUGAUAGUACACAUUCUAGUUCUGGAAGUCAACCCACUCCUGCAAAGCCAACCAGUGCCGAACAGAAAAAUGUAUUUUCGACUUCACUUCCGAGCAAGCAGCCAUCGCUGCACAUAGAAUCUAGAGCUUCGACUAAUCAGAUUGCGCAUACGGGACUUAUCGCGAGUCCUUCAAAAAUUGAGGGCAAGGAUUGGCAAGCAUCCUCCAACUCACUAAAUGUCGAUCAAGCUAACACAUUGGAUAGUCGAUCGUCGUUGACUUCAGUCUUGACACCUCAAGGGGUUUCACAACAGGUAAGGAAAGCCAGUGCUGGUCCCGAUACGUCUUCGGCUCUGCAGGAGCCUAAGCUAACACCGUCACAAGUACCAAAUUUCUCAUUUGCGACAUCCUACACGAAACUUGAGCGUUUCGCGAACGAGCGCGAAUCAGCUAAAAGCAGUGACGCAGUCGCAGCGAAUAGCCUGAAACAGUCACUCCCACGGGCUGACAAUACAGCAAAUAUGGCUAGUAAAGUGACUAACCAAGAUGGCGGUAAAGAGGAAGCACCUAAUGGGCAAACCCAGCCAACCUCGAAGGCAAUGAAAUCCUUGAGAAUGCUACCCCCUUUGCUGCCGGUCUAUCACCUCCCCAGCAGCGAUAUGCCCUUGCCGCAACAUUCUGAAAGUGCAAUUCCGGCCGUGAAUCGUAAGCGUGCCAACGAGGAUUCGUUUGAACAGAGUAACAGGGCAAAGAGACCAGAUAGCACUCAAACUGCAAAUGAUGCCUCUCCUUCUCUGUCCAACCCAGUAGCCAGUAAAUCUGUGCCUCAGGGCCUCUCUCAGGAUUCUGAUUUACGACUUAACUCGAUUGGGUCUAAACCUGGCCAAGAAACGCGGUCAAUUCUUGGCGUAGACAGCCCAUUACUAGAUUCCAGUAACAAAAAGAAAAGGCUAAGAUCUCAAAUUCCCCCAGGAGGUCCCAGAGUAAAGUUGAGGUCUCUGAACGAUGCUGCUCAAAACAAGGUUGGUAUAACCGAAAACAUAAUUGCGUUGUCUGAAGUGGUUGUUGGUUAUGAAGAUUUGAAGAGCGAAUGUCUUUUGAGAUCAAGUAGCGUCCCGCCAAAAGCGUUAUCUCAAACAGCUGACGAUGCUAAUGUCGCUACAUUAUUAAGGGCAGAGUCGGACGAUGUUUCGGGAAUUUCAAGUGUUCUCCCAAAUCCAUCGCCAAAGCCCGUCGACCCUCAUAAUGAGUUUCUGUCGCCAAGAAAUAAACUUUCAGAAAAUUCAACCCCAGUGAAGGGACGUAGUGAGUUCGAGAACACCCAAGCGUUGGAGUCAUCAGUGCUAAACCCCAACGAAUCUAUCAGAAGGACAAAUUUACAUUUGGCAACAACUAGCCCACUCGCAGUAAACAGUGGCGUCGAACUUCAUGCAAAUGAAGGGCAUUCUCAAAACCUCACUGGGCAUGCUGAUCCGGAGGCGGAUCGAAAGAAAAUCGAACGUACAAUUGCUCGUGAGUUGGGCACCAAGAUUGCAUCAAUGAAUCGUUUAAGGAAAUCAAGUUUAGUCCGACUUAUACAAUCUGGUAUUGUAAAUCAUUCACCUCUUAGAGCAGGCUCUUGGGUGACGAGCAGCAAUAAUAUCUGCAACAUCAAUAAUUAUGAGAUGAGUCCAGUGCUUUAUUUACAGCACUUAUCUAAAAGGGGUAGACUGGAAACGUUCAGCUCUGCCGUCAUCGAAUUUCCGCAGCUAAAAGGGACAGUGGACUCGCUUGAUGCUUUCACGAAAGAAGACCUCAUGAAGCGUGUACAAAGCGCCGUCUUCUAUGUUAGUGCGCGUGGCGCCAAUUCUCUGACCUCCGAUGAAAAAGCCGUAUUCGAUAGUCGCCUCCAUAAUUUAAGAAAUUAUUCCAAGAGGCUAAAGUUUAAACUCUCCGAUGAAGUUAAUUCUAAUGUUAGCGUUGCCAUUACUGUUACCGACUUCUUGGAUGGCCCAGAUUCCUUGGUAGAAAUGGAUGCCAAAGCACAAAUAUGGAGCUAUGCAUAUGCCUUAAAUGUUUUUGAACUGCUGACUGGUGAAGCAGGUAAACCGUUUGAAGAUGUUAACAGAACUAAGCAAAUUGACACUCCGCCAAUGUUGAAUUUGAUCUCCAAGGUUGAGAGGAGGGAAACAGAGGUCAUCGAGCCCGAUAUUGAGACUUCAAGGCAACAAGCUGCGAUCUCCGAUUUCACCAUUCUUGAAAAAAAGUCUCUUGAACAAUGCUUCAGAGACAGUGUUUCGCAGAAGGCAGAUACGUUGGCCUGUUUGAAUUUGUUAGUCCAAAGACUGAGCGCAGUCCCAAGACCAGAAAACCCGGAUGAGAUAAUAUCAGGAAUAGCUAAGUGCACUGCAGAUCUUUCACAAGAGAAAAGUCGAGAUGUAGCUUCUCUUGCACUUAUCUCCGACGCCGGAGAUACACUUCGACGUUUAACUAGUGAAGUAAUCACCGAUCAGAUGAAGAUAGCUUCCUUACAUGGACAAAUUUCUAACAUGAACAGUGAAAUUACGGCUCUUAAGGAACGAGUCGAAGAAGAGCGCCAAAGAAAUGAUAAGUGGCUAUUCGUCUUUAGGGCUUUGGUUGGGAAGACCGGAAGUGGAAGGGACAGGAAUGCCACAUUUUCCGCUAAUGACCACAGCGAACGGGAGAACGUCGAAAUUGAAAGGGUAGACUCAAGAUCCCGAAAUACGCCAAAGGAGAUGGUUGCUGAGAGCGUUCUCGAGAAGAAUGUUCGCGAGAACAUCCAUCUUAUUAAAAAUGCACUUCGCAAGAACCCCGAAAGCCAUGAAAAUGCGAAUAUAACAAGAGACGCCUCAGGUACCCAACAAGAAACCAAUUCAUUAUCAAUUGCUAAAUCCGAUACAGCUAAUGGCAAAAUGAAGUCAGCUACUAACGAAACUAAUUCUGCACUUGCCACUCAUAAUGAUCUCACAUUAAUAAGGAACGAUUUGCAGAGAAGUCAUGAAACUUUGAAAAGGAGCAUGACUACGCAAAUUGAUCUGCAGAAUAAUAUUUCGAGAAUAGAGGCAGAUCGCAAUGGUUUAAGAAAGGCGCUGUCUCUCCAAACAAAGCAACUUGAAGACCAGAAAAAAGAGAGUGAUAUGCGACACGCGCAGUCAUUGGCAGUUAUACACGAGCAACGCCGAUUGGUUUCAGAUCUUUCAAAUAAUAUGGACGUCGAGGUUGCCAAGAGAAAAGCCAUGAGCAUCCAGGUUGAGGCGCUGAUCGCUAGCUCGAAUGCAAACGAUAGGGGCUAG